CACACUUGAAAAGCCAAAAAGGUUUAUUCUAUCCAAGAUCCAAACUCAGAAUUCCACCUUGGCAUGAAAAAGGUAGGCAACAAAAUCACCCUGAAAGGUCUCAGUCUCACCAACAAAAUUAACGACGCAAUUUAAUUAAGUGACGUUAAACACACACAAAAAUCACUUUCAAAUUUCAAUCAUCGGAUCUAUUCUGGGCAUUUCCUCUUCCAUAACCACCCCCGAAAGAGCUUAAACCCCCCAUCCUAUUUUAUCGAAAACGACAUUCAAACAUCAAAUCCCCUUAAUUCUAUAUUGUCGGUGUCGGUGUCGGUGUCGGUGUUAAAUCUUCAAUUUCAAAGUGUAAUACAUCAGAGGUUAUCAGAAAGAAGUAGAUCAUAAACUUGUAAUGGCUAUUAUAGCGCCUGUAUAUGACAAAGAUAGUUUUAACUCUAUUGGACCGUUGCACCUUACAGUUGUUGACUGGGAUAAUGAGCAUCACCGGAGGUCCGUUGCUGCAUCCCUUGUUGCCGGGGUCUACAACCUUGAACGCGAUCGCCAAGAAAACCGCGAUGGUAAUCGUGCUCUUGCACCCCCUUUUUGGGAGUUCUUUAAUUUUCGCCUCCUCAGACAACUUGUUGAUGAUGUCGAUCAAUCAACCUUCGGUGCCAUUUAUGAAUAUGAACUGAAAACAUCCCCAUCGGAUCAGUCAAAGAAAGUAAUCCCUCAUUACGUGAUUGCUUUAAGAGGCACCUUAACCAACCGAGACAGUGUUACACGUGACAUCGAGCUGGAUCUCCAUAUCCUUCAGCAAGGGCUCCACAAAACAACUCGCUCGAGAAUCGCGAUCCAAACGGUAAGAGCCGUGGUUGCUUCUUCCCAAAACCGGAACGUUUGGUUGGCGGGCCAUUCCCUAGGGGCGGCCAUGGCCAUUCUUGCGGGAAAGGAGAUGGCCGUGGCGGGAACUUUACUCGAAACUUUCCUUUUCAACCCACCAUUCGUUUCGGCCCCAAUAGAACAAAUCAAGAAUGAAGGAGUCAAACACGGGAUUCGAGUUGCUGGGAGCGUGAUAACUGCGGGACUUGCCUUUGCCAUGGCUAUAAAACAGCCCCAGCAGAAGAAUCGUUCGGUGGAGACUUUUUCUUCGUUAGCAACGUGGAUCCCGAACCUAUACGUACACCCCGGUGAUCAUUUAUGUUCGGAAUAUAUCGGGUAUUUUCAGCACCGUGAAAAGAUGGAAAAUCUCGGGGUAGGGCAAAUUGAAAAACUGGCAACUCAGCAUUCACUCGGGGGUCUAUUGAUGACAGCAUUCGGGAAAGAAGCAGAGGCAACUCAUCUCCUUCCCUCAGCCUGCUUAACAAUCAACUUAGCGGCUGCCCCGGAUCUGAAGAAAGCUCAUGCUCUGCAGCAAUGGUGGCAACCUGAGUCACAGGUUAAUUUUAAGACCCGUGCCUAUCUGUAUAGUUAGUACCACUUGGUUUUUCCUUGAAUUGUAUUUGAAUCUGCAUUUGUUCGAUAUUGACUUGGGAGUGUAAUGGAGUUGUUGUGGUUUAUGUCA